CUUUUUCACUGCCGGUUGAGCACAUUUCCGUGUUCGGAGGCGCUGCUGUGGGCAUGACAUGUCGCUGUCUGGAGAUGGAACUACAGUUUCCCCUCGAGGAAAAGUCCCGGUUCAAGAUGCGGAAGAAAAUGUUGACGUCAAAGUAACUCCGUUAUUUGGGAUGCAGUCCUGCCUGGACGAACCACCAGAUUCCAGCAUUCUCCAUGAAGUGGUGAGGCACGCAGAAACAACGUUACCAGCUAAACAUUAUGAUGCAGACACCACUGAGCCAAUCAGUUGUGGUCUUCAUUCUCUGGAGCAGCUGUUGACAUGGAAACGAAGCGAGGCGAACCCUUUCAAUAUCGCAGUUGUCCCUCGCGCUGGGAGAGAGCCUCCCCUGACCAGCUGCCCCCGUCGGACUUUGGUGUCUCAUGACAUGAUGGGUGGUUACUUGGAUGACAGGUUUAUCCAGGGAACUACGACUGAAGCUCCAUAUGCAUUCUAUCACUGGCAGUACAUCGACAUCUUCAACUACUUCUCACACAAUUUGGUGACUGUUCCUCCUGCAGUUUGGACCAACGCCGCACACAAACAUGGAGUUGUUGUCCUUGGGACCUUCAUCACAGAGUGGACGGACGGUGCCAGGGUGUGUGAGGCCUUUCUGAAAGACGAGGAGUCGUACCGAGCAGUCGCUGACAAGCUGGUGCAGAUUAGUCUUUGUUAUGGUUUCGAUGGCUGGCUGAUAAACAUUGAGAACGAGCUCAGUGAGGAAGCGGUUAAGAACACACCUUUAUUCCUCCGAUACCUAAGUGACCAAAUGCAUGAGCGGAUCGCGGGCAGCCUGGUUCUGUGGUAUGACAGUGUGAUCCAGUCUGGAGAGCUGAAAUGGCAGAAUGAGCUCAACGACUUCAACAGGAUGUUUUUCGAUUCCUGUGAUGGUUUCUUCACCAACUACAACUGGACUGAAACAAGUCUGGAGUGGAUGAGCGGCUACAGUGGGGCGCAUGGCCGCCGUGCAGACAUCUACGUUGGGGUGGAUGUGUUCGCAAGAGGCGAGGUGGUUGGAGGAAAAUUGGAAACCAAUAAGGCACUAGAGAUGAUCAGGAAGCACAGCUUCUCAGCUGCCAUCUUUGCUCCAGGAUGGGUCUACGAGAGCCUGGAAAAUAAGAAAGAAUUCUGCCAGAAGCAGGAUAUGUUCUGGCAUCUGCUGACAGACUACCUCUAUGUUCAUCACCUUUCCAUACGUCUGCCCUUCAUCUCAAGCUUCUGCCAGGGCUUUGGAAAAACACUCUACUGCAGAGGACAGGUGGAAUCCCAGAGAAACUGGCUGCAGCUGUCAGCUCAGGAUGUACAGCCUCUGUACCUGCAGAAGCAGUUGGAGGGUCAGGGUUGGCUUAGGACUCGUGGUUGCUCAGAAGACGCCUGGGAUGGAGGCUCUUCUUUUCUGCUGGAAGGUCUCAUUCCUGCCACUCAUACCUCUCCAGUUUGUAUCAAGAUCUUCUCUCUGCAUGUUCCUGUGUCAGCCGGAACCCUCGUAAGACUCGUGUACAAAUGUUCUCCAGGGGUGUCAGUGUCUCUGGAGCUCAGCACCACAGAGGCUUCCCCCGUGUCCUUGAAGGACCUGCCCGGAGACCACCAUCUGUUGAGAGACUUGCCGCAGUUUUGUAGUGAGGAGAAUCCUGACGGUUGGAUAGUCAGGUGCUCUCUGUUGGAGGUUCAGGAUUGUUCUAUUCAGGGUGUGUGUGUCAACAUUCAGAAACAGCAGGACUGUGACACGCCUUUUCUCUGCAGGCUUGGACAGAUUAUGUUCCAGGACGUGACGCACCUUCUGGACUCUUCUCCUCCAAUUCAGAGUCUGUGUGUCUAUGACUUCGUCUGGCUGCGUGGGGCCGGUCCAUCACCAGACUCCACCUCCCCGCGCCUCAUACUUAAUACCACAGUACGAUGGAACUACCCAUCCCACCUCGCACAUUACUUCCGUGUUUACUGGCGACGACUCCGAGGCCCGGACCCCAGGAUCCCCGCUGGUCCGCUUGAACUGGUGGGCCGGGCAUAUUCCAAUCUUUACAGGGUUACAGAGUUGGCGCUGCCAGAACCUCCAGGCUUGAUAGAACUGGUGGUGGAACCAGUGAGCAAGGCUGGUGUCCCGGUGCCUGAGAGCAACUGGGGAAGGAGAAGCAUAAGCUACUAUGGCGAGUGAAGAACACAACACAGUUGAGUGUUGGCGAAAGCCCUCCCCUCACUGAGAUCACCAUUGACAAUCAUUGUUUUUUUAAGUGUGAAGCUUGCUGGUCACAAGCCAGCACUACAAAAGUAAUGUAAGUGAAGUUUGAUUUGAAGAGUACCCAAUUGAGUGUUUAAAAACCAUGACAGACUUCUAAUGCCGUGGUUGAUUUUUUUAAAAUAAAAUAAAUUCUAUACUCACAGCUGGGUUUCUCUAGGGGGUUAUUCUAGUGAUUCCAGGAAAGGUGUUUUUUGGUUAUGCUCGUUCUUCCACAGGUAAAAGGCUAUACUUCUAAACAGAAACCGUUUCCAUGAUAAUGUGCACUCAGUCUGACCUCAGAAAUGCUGAUGCAACUCAUGUUUGAAUGGGUCCCGUGUGAAUAAGUGGCACUUCAAAGAGAAAGCAGGAACUGAAUGGGAAACAACGUUACUUUAUGAGAAAAGUCAAUUUCACACAAAACAUUUAUUUGUAAAGAAAAAAAAAACACUGCUAAUUUUGCAUAUUUGUCAUCAAAAUGGUUCUGGAUCCAACAGUGCAAUCAUAAGAAAAGGAAAUAUUUGGUUGAGCUGCAAAGCUUGAGGCAGUUAUCGCGGCUGACCUCAGACCUCCUGCUGCGUGAUCAUCCUCAACAUCUGCAGAGCCAUUGGGGCCUGAUCCGAAGGAAUCUGGCAACACAACGGAGACACUGGUUUUAUGAAGGUGGAACAGUCAGGAAGUCGAGCAUGUCACUUUUGCUGACAUAGUAAUAACUAUUACUUGAACCACAUAUUACUAAUCCAUGCGAAAACAUUUACACAUUGCAUAUUACAACCACAGUAUAUGACUUGGCGUUAUAUGUCCUGUUGCUAUGCUUUGGGUUCAAACCAAAGCAUAUUGGCCCAAGUCAAAAAAUUGUGACGGAACACCCUGUCACUGCUUUAUAAUGACGAGUAGAAUUAACAAUAAGAAAUAUCAACAUAAACUAGGAACUGUCUGUAUACUGGCAUUGUUGAUAAUGAUGUUAAAAAACUGUACUGCACAAGUUUGAAUCAACGGUGACCUCACAUUGAGUAACCAGGCACAUGAAAGAGGAACAGACUUGUAGUGAUCACGAGGAGACGCUGGCAACCUGGCUCAUGUGCAUUGUAUUCCAUUAUAAAAAAUGCUAAGCUAAUGUCACUUGAAAACACGAACGAACUCACCUUCACAUUCAUCGCGCUGAAGAUUUUGCGACAGCAGCGAGAGUGCUGAGCGCAUGGGUAGGGAAAGUCUAUAAUAUAUUUUCGGCACAAUAAUUGCAAAGUAAGAAUCUGAUAUCGUGACAGUCCUAGUUUGAACACCUUAUAAAGAAUGUAGAAAAGUGACCUUCAGCUCCUGGUGCGUGUGUGUUAAAGUCCACCUGAAAACUCAUCAUUACUCACCAUGUGACCUGCUUUGAGAAUCCAAUAGAAGGCAAAGUUCUUGUAUAGUUUGUAGAAGGCUCCAGUUAUGCCUGGAGUUGCAGGGUCAUCAAUAGGUGUCCACCUGAGACUAUUGAAAUCACGUAUUCCCUUCCACUCGAGCCGCUUCACCCAUGACUCUUGACCUAGAGGGGUCGAAUCAAGGAGUGCAGGAUACGUUCAUUUUAGUAUUAUGCUUCAACACAACACAUGACACUGUGAUGAGUCAGCAGUUACCCAUCGUGUCCACGAUAAGGUCCAGCUGUCCGUUGUACACAGUAACAUUGACGCCAGCAGACAGAAGCUUAUCCACAAUAUCCACUACAGGCUUCAUGAAGUCUCCUGACAUGUAGCUGAACACAUCUUCUGACUGACCUGCAGAAAAGACAGGGAGGAGCAGAUCAAUAGUGAAAUGGAGGCACAAGGGGAACACAUACCCGUUUUUUUUUUGUCAGUAAAUCCAAAUAAACUAAUGGCUCACCCCAAACUGAAUCAAUUGUCCUCAUCCUUCUCCCUUAUCAAACAUGUUUUCAUCCAGAAGUUUCCAAGUUAUGAUAUAUACAUCCACCCAGGUGGUGGUAACUAUUGUCGAUGUAAGUAAGUUGAAAGCAAGUGUCCAGUCUAGUCAUGUGGUGGAGAGAACGGGCAGAGAUGAGCAAUCCUUUUUCAGUGUUUCACGCAAAAUCUCUCUUGAUUCUAGACACCCAACUUACACCCUUUAACCAUGUCAAUCCCAUGAUGCCACCAAGGACACAACAUUGAUAUAUGUUCUCAUUGGAAUCGGACAUCCAAGAAUAUUUUUAGGUCAUGUGAAGGCCAGGAGUCAUUACACAUGUAUAACAGUAAAGUAAUAAUAAAGUUGUUGUCCUUGUUUUGUGGCAACUACAAUUCAAAGCCAUCCUCAUAUUUAGACAGUGGGGG